UAAAUUGGUUAUAUAAGAACCGAAAGUUUCAUUUUGUGUCUGCCAUUGGUCUCAAAUUGUGAGAAAGUUCCCUUUUUAUGAUCUCUGAGAAAGAACUGAAUUCGAAGUCGUGGUUUUUGCGCAAAUGGGUAUCGAUCAACGUCUGCGGCGGAGCCGGUGGUGGAACGCCGUUGUUUUUAUCGGAAUGGUCAGCUUUACAGUAACCGUUACCAGUUCCGACAGUCACGAGAAGCAGGAACAAGUGGUCUCCCGAAUUGCCUUCGGAUCAUGCUCCAACCAGAGCGCUCCUCAGCCCAUUUGGGAUGCAGUGGCGGACUUCCGUCCCCAAAUUUUUAUAUGGCUGGGUGAUAACAUUUACGGGGACUCCAAACGCCCUUUCAAAAUAUUUGGACGGGAAAGGACUGUUGGGCCAUGGAAGAAUGUUCCACGAUUUGUUCCUUCUUCUGAGCAGGAAAUGAAGGCUAGAUAUGAAAAGGCUAAGUCUAGUCCUGGCUAUAUUCGACUUCAUCAGAAUGCUAAGGUUAUUGGUACAUGGGAUGAUCACGAUUAUGGAUUAAAUGAUGCAGGAAAAGAAUUUCAAGGGAAAAUCACCAACCAGAAGUUGCUUCUUGAUUUCUUGGAUGAACCUCAAGAUAGCCCACGGCGGAAACAGGCUGGUGUAUAUGCCUCAUAUACGUAUGGUCCUGUAGGUAGAGAUAUCAAGAUUGUACUCUUAGAUACUAGAUAUCACAGAGACCCUGUAGGAAGUGAUGGUACCAUUUUGGGGAAUUCACAGUGGUUGUGGUUGGAGAAAGAGCUCAAGGGUCCACCAACGGCUCUUACCAUAAUUGGAUCUUCUAUUCAGGUUAUAUCAAAUCUUUCGGCAACCAUUCAUCCAUUGUUUGCAAUGGAGUCAUGGGGUCGUUUUCCAAAGGAAAGAGACCGGCUAUUUAAAUUAAUAGCUGAUAGUAAGAGAGCUGGAGUAUUUUUUCUCAGUGGAGAUGUGCACUUUGGGGAAAUCACGAGAUAAGAUUGUGCUGUGGGCUAUCCACUUUAUGAUGUAACCUCAAGUGGGGUUACUCAAUCAGUCGAGGAAGUUGUCCCACCUUUCCUACGUUCUUUUGUGAGAUUUGUUGCAUUGUUGACCCCAUCUACAAUGAGAGUAAAGGGCCAACACUGCAGAUACAAAUCUUGUAUAUAUGGUCAGCCAAACUUUGGAACCAUUGAAAUAGAUUGGGACUCUCACCCAGUGACUCUCAAGUUAAAAGUGAGGGACAAAGAGAGCAUCACGGUUACAGGUGUUGAUGUUUCAUUGACGGAAUUGCAAUCAUCAAAAUCAGAGAGUUUUGACAGAGAAAAGGCAGGACAUGAUAAUCAAAAGCAUUGCACCCUUGAAGUUAGUCUGCCAUGGUUUGUAAGAUAUCGCCUAGCGAUCUUGUUCUUUAGCACCUUAAUUGUGUUUCUUGUUGCAUUCCUAGUGCUAGUUUACACUUGCUUCAGACUUUUCAGACUAGAAGGCUGCAAAAGAAAGCACGAUUGAUGCAAGUAGAUUCAUGCACAGUCAGCAAAAGGGAGCAUGUCCUAUCUCUUCUCCUUUUUGUAGAUUUAACAUCUGUGGUUGUAGGUGAAUAAGAUGUAUAGAAUUCUUCUACUGUUUCUACUAAUCAAUCCUUUAUCAAUAUGAACAA